UUCUUCGGAUCGGUUCGUUCCGUUCGUUCGGUUCUCCGUUGUUUCUAAAUCUGAAGUUGAUUUUCCUAUAGCAAAUAGCUCCUGCUGGUCCUUUUUCGGAGUUGUGCGUGUAAAAAAUCAAGUGGAAAAUCCUUAGGUGGUGGCAUACUGAGUUUUAAAUCGUGAAAUCCAUAAAAAGGUGCAAAAAAAUAGCAAUGUCUCGUGGUCCGGGUCCGAUUCCCAACCGGUGGCUCUAUUGCCCUCGGAAAUCGGAAUCUCUGAUUGCUGACAAAUUUUUAGCAUUCAAGACUCCACUCAAGGAAAGUUUUGAAUCUCAGAUGCCAAUGGAGUGUUGUUUCUCACCGGAUAUGCUCUUCCAAGUGAUGAAAACCUACAAGGUAAAAAUUGGUCUUUGGAUAGAUUUGACCAACACAAACCGUUUCUACGAUCGAAGAGAAAUUGAAGACAACGAUUGUCAAUAUGUAAAGCUGCAGUGCCGUGGCCACGGAGAAACUCCCACGAUGGAACAAACUAAGGCGUUCAUAGAGAUCGUGGAAGAAUUCAAUCGCGAUCAUCCUCUGGAAGUGAUUGGCGUUCACUGCACCCAUGGAUUCAAUCGGACCGGUUUUCUAAUUGGAUCCUAUAUGGUUGAGAAGCAGGACUGUGCCGUAGAAGCUGCCCUUGCUGCGUUCGCCAAAGCUCGUCCGCCAGGCAUCUACAAGGAAGACUAUAUCCGGGAGCUGUUCCGACGCUAUGAAGACGAAGAGGAUGCCAUCCCGGCACCGCCGCUUCCGGAUUGGUGCUUUGAUCAAGGGGAUAGUUCUAGUAAUGGGCAUGUGGUUCCGAUCGAUGAACAAGAUGACAUGAGCAAUCAAGAAGACCAGGAUGAUUCUGAAAGUAGCGGAAAAAGCACAGCCACUAAACGCAGUCUGGAAGCCGAAAGUAGUAAUGCAGAUGAUUCGGCAGGUGGUAGCAAGCGCAAGAAAAUGAAGAGGGAAUUCAUCAAAAAGAACGCAAGGUUCAUGGAAGGGGUUCCUGGUGUAACGUUAGUUUCUGAUCAACCCCGACUCGGCACACUGCAGCAGAUGGUGCAGAGCAUGUGCGGCUGGAAAUCUACCGGGUUUCCUGGCUGUCAACCGGUGUCCAUGGAUAAUACAAACCUAAACCUACUGCACAUCAAACCGUAUAAAGUAUCAUGGAAGGCUGACGGCACUCGAUACAUGAUGCUGAUUGUGAAGAAAGAUGAAGUAUACUUUAUCGAUCGUGACAAUUCUUGUUUUGCCGUUUCGGGUAUUACUUUUCCUCAAUACUCAAACUUGCAUAACCACCUAACCAAUACUCUACUGGAUGGGGAAAUGGUGAUAGACAAAGUGAAUGGGCAGAAAAGACCACGAUAUCUGGUUUAUGACAUCAUCCGAUAUGAAAAUGAAGAUGUAGGGAAGAAACCAUUCGAUCCGGACCGUUUGGUGUAUAUUGAAAGGCGGAUUAUCGGACCCCGCACAGAAGCCAUGAAGCAGGGAAUCAUUGAUCAAGCUCGGCAACCAUUCAGUAUAAGGCACAAAGCAUUCUGGGACAUAACACAAGCACGGGCUCUGCUAGGUCCAAAGUUUGCCAAAACCCUGUCACAUGACCCUGACGGUCUAAUAUUUCAACCAGGCAAGGAACCCUAUGUCGCAGGAACCUGCCCAGAGGUUCUCAAAUGGAAACCGUCUACUCUUAACUCCGUCGAUUUUAAGUUGAAGAUUGCUGAAGAAAGUGGCAUGGGCGUGUUGCCUAAAAAGAUUGGACUGCUAUUUGUAGGAGGCAUGGAAACAGCCUUUGGUCAAAUGAAACUCACAAAGGAAUUAAGAGAGUUAGAUAACAAGAUUAUCGAAUGCAAAUACGAGAAGAACGCUUGGGUCUUCAUGCGCGAGAGGACGGAUAAAUCCUUCCCAAAUAGUUUCAAGACAGCGCAAAGUGUAUGCCACAGUAUUCGCUAUCCCGUAACGACUGACAUUUUGCUGAACUUCAUCGACACGAAAAGGUACAGAGAGGAUUCCUUCCGAAUGCCGCCACCUGCAGCAUUUCAUGAGUAAUUUUGUGAAAACUACGAUAGUCAAAUCUGUUAUGUUCAUCGGUUUGUUCGAGACAUUUCACCACUUGUAAGGACUACGUUACGAAUGUAUCAAAAUGAUCGACAUCUAGGUUGAAUUAAAUCCAUUUUUAAAAAAAUCGAUAUCAAAUGAACAUCAUAAUUUAUGAUGACAAUAAGCGGAUAGGUAGGAGAAGGAGAGGUAUAAUGAGCCUACUACCAAUUAAUUUUAUUGAAUAAUUAUAAACUUAAGGCUAAAGUACAGGAUGCUCAUGAUGGCCCACCUGUUCACUAUUUUUUUCAGCGUCGCCAAUUUCCUCUCCCGCAGGUAGGCACAGGUACACCACCACAACUUUUCGGUUCUUC